AUGCCAAGAGCGUCAAAAAAAUCGAAAGUCUCGAAAAAAUUGAAAGUCUCGAAGAAAUCGAAAGGGCCAAAGGGGUCAAAAGGGUCAAAAGGUUUGAAAGAGUCAGCAGAGUUGACAGAGUCGAAAGAAUCGAAAGAUUCUAUUGGAACCGAACUGGAUGUCAAAACCCUCAAACCGAAAAAAUUGAUAUUACAGCCAGUCGAGGAGGACGAAUCUCCCAAAAUUGCAGAACUGUGCCACGACUUGGACAGAGUUUUGUUUAAUCCCGGAGUGUAUCACUUGCAGGACCCUCGAUCUGGCGUCUUCAACUUUGAUCCAAGUUUGGCAUUAAUCAUGCCGGUCCAGGAAUUCGAUUUCGAUGCCUUGCAGGAAUAUAUUACAUCCUCCAAGGAUUCCAAGCUCCGGGAUAUGUGUAUCAAACACAAGUUGAAAUACUGUGGCUCAACUUCAAGCAUGACAUCUAUGCUGUCACACUUCCACUUUCUCCUAUCGGCUUGGAGGCAGCCAAAUUAUGAAAACUUAUCGAAAGCCUUGACACCAGACUCACUCAACUUCUCCGCUCUGAUUCGUGGGCCGGCUGCAGCCUUCGCACACUUCAAAGAUGGCGUCUACGCCAUUGACGCUGAUAAACAGUACGAUACCGAAAAUGUCCUCAGCAUGCUAGGCAAAUCAAUGGAGAAGCUUCUCACGUUACCCAACGAAGAUUUUGAAAAGUAUCGAAGAUCAAAAUCUCAUCAGCUGUCUGAAGAGGAGAAGAACGCUGGGGAGGCGUAUCAUUAUACCUCAAUGGGUGAUUUUCUCAUGCGGUCGCAACUCGACGCACUUGAUUCUCGGUUGCCGGGCUCCGGUGUUUUCGACCUAAAGACAAGAGCCGUGAUAUCUGUCCGGAUGGAUGUAAGGGGUUACGAGAAGGGGGUUGGGUACGAAAUCCGGAGACGAUUCGGGCAGUGGGAAUCUUUUGAACGUGAAUAUUACGACAUGAUUCGAACGGCCUUCUUGAAAUACUCGUUGCAGGUACGCAUGGGCCGCAUGGAUGGUAUUUUCGUGGCAUACCAUAACACGCAGCGGAUAUUCGGUUUCCAAUACAUCAGUCUGUCGGAGAUGGAUAACGCAAUCCAUGGCACGCUUGAUACUCGCUUGGGCGACCAGGAAUUCAAGUGCAGCGUGGCGCUGCUCAAUGAUCUCCUGGACCGAGCAACCCAGCGUUUUCCGGGGCGAACGCUUCGGCUGCACGUCGAGACACGACCCACAAAGGUGCCUCUCACCUACUUUUUUGUCGAACCUGUUUCAGAAGAAGAAAUGCGCAAAAUACAGGAAGCGGGGAAGCCGUCGGCGGAACAGUUGGAGCAGGAGAUACAGGGCCUUCGUCGUGAAGAAAGCGAGGAAGAGACUGUCGCGGCUGCCGAGGCUGCCGAGACGGAACAGGGCGAGGGAUUAGACGCUGAGGAGUCGGAUGAAGCUGGCGAUGACUUCUCGACCAGCGACACGCAAAGCGAAAACGCCUGGAGGGAGAUGAUGGCCAAAGUCGACGAAACAGUGGAAAAUGAGUCACUUGGGGUUGGGUCGGUGCGGGAGGCCUUGCAGGAGGCUCUUGAGAGGAGUGGCCUGCUCCAAGACAAGACGGAGCUGGAAGGCGAAACAUGUCUAGACGAGCUCGUGUCUGCACUAACUGCUCAUUCAAGCAAAGCUAAAGAAGCCAGAGAGGCGCGGGUGGCCAAGGCAGAACAAGGCGAUUUACACGAGAUGCCGGCUGCUCAGCCCGCCUCGAACGACACAACCUUGGCCAGCUUGAUUCUGAAAGUCACCGAAGGCAUCAACGACAAGAACCCCAACUUGAGAACUUUUGAGCGCAAAGUCGCCGACCUCGCUGCGAAUUCCAAAAAAGCGGAAUCCAUCUCCACCGAGCAGAUGACUUGUCAGCACGAGACGGAAGACACAGCUGAUGAGACGGAUCUAUUGGACGCUGCUGCGGAUAAGAUGGAUGCAUUGGACUCGGCUCCCCAUGAGAUGGAUGCGUUUGAAGCUACUGUCCGUGAGAUGGAUGCGUUGGAAGCGGUGGACCAUGAGGAGGAUGCAGCGGAAGCUGCUGCUCAUGAGGAAGAUUCAUCGGAAACUAUUGCUCAUGAGGAGGAUGCAGCGGAAGCUACUGCUCAUGAGGAGGAUGCAGCGGAAGCUGCUGCUCAUGAGGAUGAUUCAUCGGAAACUACUGCUCAUGAGGAGGAUGCAGCGGAAGCUACUGCCCAAGAGGAUAAUGCAUCGGAAGUUACUGCCCUCGAGACAGAUACAUCGGAAGCUACUGGCCACGACACGAAUACAUCAGACGCCCCCGCUGACAAGGUGCAGGUGGACCCUGAAGCCAUGGAAGAAAAAGUACCAGAACUACUUGGCAUGUACGUCAGCAUCCGCAGCCAAGUAAAUGGCGCAUUUGUCGAGCGACCUGAAGGCGGAGGAUCCCACUCGAACUUUGACUGGGCUGUGGAAUACACUGUCAAGGAACUUUCAGACGAGAAAGCGCAAACCAUCUACGCCAACAUGAAGAAGCGGAGAAAGAAGGUUCUAGACAUAGAUCCGAAAACCAGGUCCACAGAGUGGUACCGCAUGUUCCACGGACAGUUACCAGUUUCCACGAAAAAGGGGAAAGAAUUCCGAAAAAAGAGAGAGCAACAAGAGCUGGGCGCUCCUGUGCUUGUUUCCUACGACAAGAACCCGCUACCCCGGGCUGAUGGCUCCCAAAGGCAGUCAAGUUUGGACGCCGUCAGGACAUCAAGGACGGAUGAAGAGAAGGAGGAGACGAGCAGGUAG